AUGGCCGAUAACCCAGGCCCCUCCUCUCCACCCAACAUCCCUUCACCUUCAACCAACAUCCCCCCGGGCCCAGAUAGCCAAAUACCCGCCGAAUUGAAAGAGCAGAACAGGGGACAACAAGCUUAUGGACCCGCGAAUCUACAUCCGACCCAGUCCUCCCGCCAUGGAGCGCUGGUGUCGCAGGUCCCGGCGCCCCAGUACAUGAAAUUGGCUAACCCGGGUCCAUUGGGUUUGCUUUCUUUCGCGCUUACGACUUUUGCACUGGGGCUGUAUGAGUGUGGUGCUGGACUCCCGCAUUCCAAUCCUCAAGGAAACGUCGGUCCCAACCAAGCAAUCUUCGGUCUCGCAGUCUUCUUUGGCGGUACAGCCCAGUUAAUUGCAGGAAUCCUCGAAUUCCGCGUCGGAAACACCUUCGGUUCAACAGUCCACUGCUCCUACGGCGCCUUCUGGCUCAGCUACGCCAUGUUCCUCCUGCCCUACCUCGGCAUCGAAGCCGCCUACAAAGGUGACCAUAGGGCAUACACGUUUGCCCUAGGAAUAUUCCUAAUACUGUGGUGCUUCCUGACACUAUUGUUCUUAAUCGCGGCUUUACGGACGAACGCGGCAAUCCUGUUGGUGUUUUUCUUCCUGACGCUGGCAUUUUUCUUCCUCAGUUUGGCGAACUUCUUGGCUACGGAGCAUCCUACUGCUAGCUUGAGGACUAAUAAAGCUGGCGGCGCGUUUACGGUUAUUUGUGCUUUUUUUGCGUUUUACGCGAGCGCUUCGGGGCUUAUGUUGCCGGAGACUACGUUUGUCAGGUUUCCUUUGGGUGAAAUCCCGGUUGGCUAA